AUGCCGCCCUCACCUCCGCGCCCGGUGGCUAGCAUCACGCCCAGCAGCGACGACGACGACUCGGAGGACUCGCAGGCCACGCAGCGUCUGUCGCCGUUGCCUCCACGGAUCGACUCCAGGUCGCCCGUGCCGCCUUCGCUGCUCGACACCUCAGGCCAGAACUUCUCGCGGCCGUCGCGGGACCUCCCCGCGCGAGACCUCCCUCUGCGCAACCACAGCAACACAUCCGUCGUGGAACAAAAGACGCCCAUUCCCGCACAUUUUGGCCAUCGGCCCCGCCAGCGAUCGCAGGGCUACUUCGAGCCGACCCUCUCCUCGACGCCCACCAUGUCCAACACAAACCACCUCACGGCCUCCCAGAUCGCGGCCCAAGCAGCCAUGCAUGUCCAGAACCCCCAGCACAUGCGCAAGCGCUCCACCACAAUACCAGACCCGGGAGGAAAUGGCCAGCCGACGGGAAAACGCCAGCCCGCUUCCCCGCCUCCAGUCCCGAAGAUGACGUUUGCGACCAACGGCGUGACAUAUCAGAACGGCCUCGUAGGGGGGCAUAGGUUGGCCGCUACGACCGCUGCGAACGUUGCGUUUCCUCGAAGCCCUGUGCACUCUCCGGGGCUGCCUCCAGAGCAUGGUUCGCCGAGGCCAGCAGCGCAAGACCUGCAGAUGUACAUGCAGAAGCCGGACAAAUCGAAGUCCAAGAUGAAGCUGUUCUCCAAACCGAAGAGCAUCGGCAUCGUCAAGGAUAAAGACCUCGACAAGAAGCAUCCUGCGCUUCCCUCGCCGAACAAAUUGGGCAUGCACAGCACGACUGCGCUGAAUCGACUGAUGAUGAAUCAAUCCACCACCAGCCUUGUCGACUCGAACAUGUCCGGCGCAAGCUCAAUCUACUCUUCCGCAAACGCCUCUACAUCUACUUUGGUCCCACUGGAGAGAUCAACCACAUUCCAACCGGAGAAAGAGAAGGAAAAGGAGAAACAUAAGCACCACUUUCUGUCACGACAGAAGAACAAAUUGAAGGAUAAAGACGACCACCAUCUACCGUUAUCGUCAGCCUCAAGUAAUUCGAAGCCGACGGAUCCAAACGCACCUCAGCCAUUGUAUUCAUUCGCAGCUCCUGCGUCACCAGGGCACUCAAGCUCCUUCGCAAGCGGCCUUGAUCUGAGACAUGGCGGAAGAGCACUCAGGCAAAAGAAGAAGGAAGAGAAGGUAGCUUCCUUGGCGCCAUACUUGAACGAGCUAGAAGCUCCAUACAGGGAGAGAAAUCAGUCCUUCAGCACAGAGCGCUCUGAAUGGCCUAUAAGCAGUUCUCCUGGUAACGCUUUAUCGAUUGGAGGGCCCUCUCCUGGAACAGCCCUUGGAUAUAUGAGCGAUUUGAGUUCUUUGGGAGCCGCAUUUGGUAUCCCAGGAAUGUCACCGGACGAUGCUUGGCCGCUGCUUAAAGCCCGACUGUUACUUAUAUUCGAAGGAGAAGACCCGCGACCGCCUAUUGAAGACUUCAAUGCUCUAGUAUCCGUGCACAUCAGGAGAUGUAUUCAAAAGCGCACACCAACAGUUCUUAUAGAAGACCUUGGCGAGCUACUCGAGACUGGUUUUUCAUCGUUAGACCAAACACUUCGGCAUAUUCCCGAUGACCGCCUCAUUCCACACCUAGUUGAGAUGUGGCUCGUUGUUUUCACUACUAUAUUACCAUUCCUUCAAGCCGUUCUACUCCCGCUGGACCUGGAGUUCAAAGGUCGAGGCCCACUCAUGACUGCCCCGGCGGCAGCAGAUUUCUGGGGCGCGGCCAUGCCAGAUAGUGACAUGUCGUCGGCCAAUAAGAAUAUCCCUACAUUAGGAGAAGGCUUGGAUGUGCGAAGAAUAAUUCUCCUCACUUUCCGCGACACGGUAGUCCUUCCUCGCAACGAUACUCUUAUGGCCAUAUUCUCGCGACUGUCUCUGGAGAAUCUAAACGCAGGACUCGAAAACCCCAAUCCUAUCCCAGACUUUCGUCCUGGGACAGCUACUUCUGGUUCCGAUGGAGCCAUCGGUCCCAUGAGUUCAUACAACUCUUCUGGGCUACUUGAAUCCACCGCAUCCUCGACCUCGUUCCCCUCUUCUCGUUCACGAGCGACUUCGAAUACUUCAGCAGGUUCCUUCUCGGCGCAGUCAACGCAUUCUCCUGCGCCACAGCCAUUGCCGCCGCCACCACCGCCCAUGGAUUCCGCAAAGGUGACGGAGAUUGUUGGCAGGAUGCUACAAUGCGUCAGCGUGCUAGCCAGCGUACAGAGUGGAGAUGAAUCUCAAGCUAAAAUGGAACGCCUCACAAAAGAGCUCAAGUAUAACUGGCUAGGUAGGGGUAGGACUGGCAGGCAACGGAGAGGCUUCGUGGGCCCUAGGAGGGGUGCCUUGGGGGUGGGCGCGUGAAGCUAAUCUUGACACGCACAGGAAGGAGUAUUUGGAACGUCGUUCGCACUUUUGGAUGUACAGCUAUGCUUUUUCGAAAUGAGGGAUGUUUGAGUACCGUAUGGUUUGAGGUGUUUGGGUACAGGAGGUUCGUUGAGCAAUCACGGUAUGGGAAGGGCGUUGGAUGGCUGUCAUGAGGUAUGAUUGGAUUCACCUAGUGCUUUUGUAGUGAAUGAAGACGAUGCCCACUGAGGCAUCUUCAAAACGCUGCCGUGGAAGUGAUGGGCGCUAGAAUUGCGUUCAGCUUACAUCUGUACAGUACCUUGCCAUAGAUCUCCGUACACUUUGCUGCCACUGUCUAUAGAAACCGGGGGCAGCAGGGAGAAUAUUCCAAUCUACGUACACCUUGUUGACGCUGUCUAAAGCGCCG